AAGUGUGGGGGGUGUGCACACCUUCCGGGUCAGACUUCAGACCAUGUUUCUCCUCACUCCAGUCUUGGUAGCAGUUGUCUGUAUCUUGAUUGUAUGGGUCUUUAAAAAUGCUGAUAGAAGCCUGGAGAGAAAGGAGGAGCCUCGCGCUAGCCCCUGGGUGGACGAAGACCUGAAAGACAGCACUGACCACCUUCAAGUGGAAGAAGAUACUGACGAAUGGCAAGAGUCAGAGGAGAGUGUGGCGCACAUCCCAUUCGCUCACACCCGGUACCCAGAGCAAGAGAUGAAGACGAGGUCUCAGGAGUUCUAUGAGCUCCUCAAUAAGAGACGCUCGGUCAGGUUCAUCAGCAGCGAGCAAGUGCCAACGGAAGUCAUUGAUAAUGUCAUCAGAGCCGCAGGAACGGCUCCAAGUGGGGCCCACACAGAGCCCUGGACCUUUGUGGUGGUGAAGGACGCAGACGUAAAGCAUAAGAUCCGUGAGAUCAUUGAGGAGGAGGAAGAGAUAAAUUACAUGAAAAGGAUGGGAGACCGAUGGGUCUCAGACCUGAAGAAACUGAGAACUAAUUGGGUUAAGGAGUACUUGGACACUGCCCCAGUUCUGAUUCUUGUUUUCAAACAAGUCCACGGUUUUGCUGCAAAUGGGAAGAAAAAGGUCCACUACUACAAUGAGAUCAGCGUGUCCAUCGCCUGUGGCAUCCUCCUGGCUGCACUGCAGAAUGCAGGGCUAGUGACGGUCACUACCACUCCCCUCAACUGUGGUCCUCGUCUGAGGGUGCUCCUGGGCCGCCCCUCACAUGAAAAGCUGUUGGUGUUGCUUCCUGUGGGGUACCCCAGCACAGAGGCCACAGUGCCUGACCUCAAGAGGAAAGCCCUGGACCAGAUCAUGGUGACCAUAUAGUCAGCCAACCUCAAGGAGUUGCUGGGAUGCUGGGAU